AUGUUAUUUCCUUAUUUAAAAAUAUCUAUAAGAAUAUUAACAUUGAUCAAAUUUCAAUAUGAAGAAAAUAGUAUUCUUAAAAAUGGUAAACGUGGUAAAUGGUUGAUAUCACGUUUGGAAGAUUGUAUUACAAAUGAGGAUUUGAUGAAUGCUUUUAUACCUUAUUCAAAACCAUUCUUGAAUUAUUUUAAAUCUAUUGGUGGGUUAGUAUUUGUUGGUGUUGGAAAGAUUAUGGAGGUAACCAACUAUUAUCUUAAUCGUGACGGUUAUGGUCACAAUUAUUAUAAAAUUGAAUAUGAAAAUGCUGAAGAAGAGUAUAGUAAUGUAGAUGAUUGA